GCACUUCCUUUUAUUUAUUUAUAUAUAUUUUUUUAUAUAGUGUUCUAGAUUUAAUGUUGUAUUUCUCACUGGAGACAUUUAUUUUUCUUGUCUUAAAUGAUGGACUAUAAUAUGUGAACUAUUGGACUUAAGCCUUAAAGCUUGUGAUUAUGGUGCUUGCUUAAGAUUGUAUGUAAAAGAAAUUUUGAUAGGGGGAAAUGAAACAAUCCUAGUUUAAGUGAGAUAUCAAAAUUUUAGUAGAACUUUAAAGACUUUUAGAUGUUAUACGGAUGUUAUAUGGAUAAUUCAAUCAAGUGAAGUUAUAACACUAAGUUUGUCAUAUGUACUAAGAGCUAUGUGGGCCUGAUCAUCCUUCUUAGGAGGUACAUAAGUAGCCUUUGGGUGCGGUCAAAGAUAGGUAAAUUUUUCUGCAGUUGGAAACACAAUUGAGUUUUGAGUUAUUGUUCUUUGGUAAUAUUAUAUUAUUAUUUAAAUGAUGCGACUUACUGGUAUGCUCGUUUAUUUAUUUUCAUGUCUUUUAUAUGCUUAACGUUUGAGUUGAUUGUUUGAUUUAUUAGAAUGACUUUAUCUAUGUUAUAUUUACUUAGAAAUUUUCAAAGGUUACAUAAAUUAUGUACAUAUGAGGAAAUUCUAGCUAAAAGAACGAAUACUCUAUACUAGCGUACCUUAUUACUUUGUCCUAGUAUCUUAAUAUAUAAAUUGAUUUUGUUGAUGCCAUUUUAUUUAUUUAUUUAUUUAUUUGUCAUUUGAGAAAGAAUUUUGUUUAUUGAAAGUACUUGUAGUUAGUCAAUUGUUUCGAGGAAACUCUGAUGGUUUGGUUUCAGGUUACAUAUGUUCUAAAUUUGAAGGACUGUUGUGUCACAUUACCAUCUUCAAACCCAGUUGCAAGACCCUUCUUUUAUCACUUAUCAUGGCUUCUACUUCUUCAACCCGUCCCAGCUAUGAUGUUUUUAUUAGCUAUAGAGGCAAAGAUAUUCGAGAUGGUUUUGUCUCUCAUCUCUUUAAUGCUUUCCAGCAAAAAAAAAUCAAUACCUUCUUGGAUGAAAACCUUUGUAAAGGAGAAGAGAUCUCACCAGCUCUCUUGGCAGCAAUUGAAGAAUCAUAUGUCUCAGUGGUGAUUUUCUCUGAUAAUUAUGCCGAUUCCUCAUGGUGCUUGAAUGAGCUUGUGAAGAUACUUGAAUGCAGAAAAACAUUAGGACAAAUAGUCUUACCAGUUUUUUACCAUGUAGAUCCGACCGAUGUUCAAGAGCUGACUGGGAAUUUUGGGAAGGCAUUUACUAUUGCUAAGCAUGGAGAAGAACUCAAAGGUUGUUUAGACAGGGUGGAACAAUGGCGCCAUGCUUUGAUGGAAAUAAGCAUUAUAACAGAAUGGGAUUCACGGAAUUUCAAGUCUGAAUCCAAACUAGUUGUGAAAAUAGUUAAUGAUGUUUGGGAGAAAUUAGGUUGCUUCUCUUCAAGUGAUUCUCCCAUUGACAACUUAGUUGGACUUGAGUCACCUGUAAUGAAAGCGGAAUCCUUAUUAAGUAUUGAAUCAACGGAUAAUAAAAGAGUCAUAGGAAUUUGGGGUAUGGGAGGUAUUGGCAAGACAACUAUUGCCAAUGAAGUAUAUAGUUGAAUUAUGACUAAAUUUGAUAGUUACUGUUUUGUUGAUAAUGUCAAAGAGCAGAUGAGAAAACGAACAGCAAUUGCUUUACGAGAUAAAA